GUUACAGUGGCUGUAAUACUACGUGUUCUUGUCGGUAGCGUGUUUUUUUUUUUUUUUACCGGUGAGCUGUGAAAUUUUAUCUCUUCGUCAGGAUUAUGGUUCUGCUAGAAAACGAUUCGUUUCUCACGGAACUAACGCGGCUCUUCCAGAAGUGCAGAUCUUCUGGUAGCGUUGUCAUCACGUUAAAGAAAUACGAUGGACGGACCAAACCGGUGCCCAGGAAGGGUCACCCGGACACAUUUGAACCUGCAGAUAACAAGUGUCUUCUCAGAGCGUCUGAUGGCAAAAAGAAAAUCAGCACGGUGGUCACGACAAAAGAAGUAAUCAAGUUUCAAAUGGCUUACUCAAACCUCCUACGAGCUCACAUCGAUGGACUUAAGAAGAAAGACAAGAAAAGUAAAAGCAAGAAGACCAAAGCCACCCAGUGAGCAUCAGGCUUUAGAACGUCCAAACCCGUCGAGAACCUGAAGUGGACUUUAAAAUGUGACAGCACCACCUGUCCUGCAGCUCCAUCGUUCACUCACCUGGUGACUGUUUUGUUCUCUCCCAUCGUUUGGUGCCAUCAGCCAUUUUUGGAACAGAGGUGCCAACAACUUCCUGUAACUUUAUAAAGGAAUUCUGGCGACUUGCCAUGAUGUUGUUUCUGGAGCGUCUGAAUCCUUUGAGUCCACUGAUUUACUGUUUAUGUUUACCGUGCAUCACAUCUGUUGGUACCAAAUCAAAUUUUUUUUUUUCCUCUUCAGGGUUUACUUUGGAGGUGAAUUUUCCACUUUACACCUUGACGAAUAUAAAAGUGCCCCACUACCCCACCCCCCAAAAAUUGAUUAAAUUUAAUCACAAUCUGAUGUAAAAAAAAAAAAAAAAACACAAAACAAAGGACCAUGAUGUCAUACGUAAUUAAAAUGUGAACUUUUUUAAAGGAUGACAUCAUGAUUGAGUAAAGUGCUUAUUUAAAAAAAAAAAAAAAAUUCUAGAACAGCAUGUUUUGAAUUCUGAGAUCAGAUGACUGUAACUAUAAUAAUUUUUUUAAAGGGUGGGCAGAUUGUUGCUCCAUUAGUGUCCAGACCUCAUCUGCAGAGUUACAGUUGAAUUUAUGUUCAAAUACGUUGUUACUUUUUGUCUGCUUUGUUAAUAAAUUUCCUGAAAAUAA